GUGACUUUUUGGCAGCCAAUAAUUUUGUUCUUGUUAAUGUUAUAAAAAUUUGAUAAACAAUGUACCUUAUGUAAAAUAUUUGUCUUUUAAAUUCGCAACAAAAAACCGUUUUAAUUGCAACAAAUAUAAAAUUGUGAGUAACUUAUACAACAAAAACAAAAAAUUAAAUUAUCAAACAAAGUCAAAAACAAUUAAUAAUAAAAACAAAAUACACACACGGGCACUGACAGUCGGCGCUCACACAGAUAACGGCAAAUACAACGACGGUAGCAGCAGCAGCAGCAGAAAACGCCACAUUUACUGAUGAGAAAGAGUGGGAGUGAAGCGAUUGCGAGCGUGAGCACGAGAGAGCGUACAUUUGGUUAGUGAGAGCGCGUGUGUAUGAGUGUGUAGUUCACACACAGAUAAAAUAAGAGAGUAUAGCCAAAACACCACACACAGUGAGAAAAAGCCGCAGCGGCGCCAGUGGCAGCUGCGCUGCCUACAACCAAGACAAGUGUAAAAUAGUUAUUCUAGGCUUAAUAACUGGACGGCACGAAACACUCGCCGCACGCAUAUCAAAACGUUGACGACUGCAUAAAAAAAAGUCGCGCGGGCGCGCUCCAAACAACGUCCAUAACGCAUAAAAAUUUAACGCAAAAUUAGAACUUCAAUAAAAACAAAAGUGUUAGCAAAACUAACGGCAAGUGCUUGAACCGUGCCGCUGCUGCACAUUCCAUGCUCAUUAAAAACAGCAAGCAAAUUAAAUACAAAGAACGAAGAGUGUCAACGGCGUGCAUUAACCGUAAUUUUAAAUUGUAAGCUUUCACACACAUAAACGCACUCAUACACACAUUCACCCGCUCUCGUUAUUAUGGUCGAUAUAAAUAGUGGAGCAGUGGCCAACACUGGCUCCAAUGCACGCCUCCGUAAAUUCGAUCGAACCGAUAGUGAUUUAGCCUGCGAGGAAGCCGCACGUCUAACUGCCGAACAAAAUGAAAGCAACAGUCCAGACGACGACGACGAUGGAGAAGAUGGCGAGGAUGAUGUUAGCGAUUAUGGUGAGCUGCCGCCCCCGCCGGAUGGUGGCUAUGGUUGGGUCAUUUGCUUUGCCUCCUUCAUGUGCAACAUGAUUGUCGAUGGCAUUGCCUACACAUUUGGCAUAUUCCUGGAGGAAUUCGUCCGCUAUUUCAACGAAGGCAAAGGCACAGUCGCCUGGGUUGGAAGCCUGCUGAGUGGCGUGUAUUUAAGUGCUGGACCCAUUGUUUCGGCACUGGCGAAUAAAUAUGGAUGUCGGAGUGUUUGUAUCGCCGGCAGCAUAAUUGCCUGCAUUGCCUUUGUCCUGAGCACAUUCAGUACCUCGGUGAGCAUGCUAAUGGCGACCUAUGGAUUUAUGGGAGGCUUUGGAUUUGGCAUGAUAUAUCUACCGGCUGUUGUGGCUGUGGGCUAUUAUUUUGAGACAAAGCGAUCGCUGGCCACGGGCAUUGCUGUGUGUGGUUCGGGCUUUGGCACCUUCACCUUUGCGCCACUGGCCACGUAUUUGCUAGAGGAAUACGGCUGGAAAAAUGCAUUGCUCAUCUUUGCGGGUCUCAUUCUAAAUUGCGCCAUUUUCGGCGCCAUGAUGCGUCCCCUCACAUACCCGAAAAAGAAGCGCGUGAAGCCCCUGAUGCAGCGCAUGUAUGAAGAGAAACAGUUGCAGCUGGAACGGGGCUCCUUUGCCGGCUCGCACUUUAUGGUUCAGUUGCCAGACGGCACCAUGGAGCGUAAGUUGAAAUUACCCCUAAAUGCUGAUCCGGGGGUGCACUCAAGUCUGAAUUUGGAGCUGCUGGCGCAGCAAUCGGGUGGACUGCAUCCUGUAUCUACAUUGCCCACAAUUACCGAAUCCAAGGUGGUAGAAGCGCAUCAUAAUGCCGCCUCGAAUGGCGGCACACAGAGUCCGUCAAACAACAGCAAUGGACAAUUGGAUGUGCGUCCCGCUGGCAGACGUUCGCAUCGCAGCUCCGAGUCGGACAACAGCCCUUACACGUCCAAGGAUGCGAUGACACGCAAUGCCUCACAGCCAGCUUUCAUGGCUGGAGAUCAUCACAGUCUUCCAAAGAACGGUUCAGUGCCUUCGUUCAGCCGUGUGCGCAAAACUUCAGCCAGCGAGCGCUACCAGCCUGCACUGGCGGCCAUCAGGGCGUCCUCACGCGGCGAUCUGGAAGCUGGCGGUGCUGACUACACAACCUCCAAGCUAUCCCUCUCCCAACGUCAAGGCAGCAGCGGCAGUGGUCGUAUGGUGCGGCCCAUGUCCCGCAAAGAUAUCUUCUAUUCCGGCUCCGUGACCAAUCUGCCCCAAUAUCAGUCGCAAAAAUCGCUCACCAAUUACCGAAACUCCGUUCUCUCGCUGACCAAGUACGAGAAGAGCAUGCAGAGUGUUAGAGCUCUGGACCCACUAGCGGAGGCGGAGAAACACCGUGAGGAGUACGAUCUGUGUCCAUGCAUUUGCAUCCCCGAUUCGGUCAAGUCUGUCGUCAAUACUAUGCUCGAUGUGAGCCUGCUACGCGAUCCUGUCUUCAUGCUUAUUGGCGUCUCUAACAUUUUUGGCAUGGCCGGUCUCUAUGUACCCUUCGUCUACCUCGUGGAUGCCGCCAAGGAGCACGGCAUAGCGAAGAACGAUGCGGCCAUGCUGCUAUCUAUCAUUGGCAUCACAAAUACUGUGGGUCGUGUUUUCUGUGGUUGGGUUGCCGAUCUCCCACAAGUCAACUCUCUGCUGCUCAACAACAUUUGCCUGCUCAUCUCGACAGUGGCGGUGACGCUAACGCCUCUGUGUUACUCCUAUGGCGCCUACAUAACGAUGGCUGUCUUCUUUGGCAUUGCUAUUUCGGGAUAUAUUUCACUAACGUCAAUUAUACUCGUCGACUUGCUCGGCUUGGAUAAGCUAACGAAUGCCUUUGGAUUGCUAAUUUUGUUCAGAGGAUUUGCUGCCUUGCUGGGCACCCCACUGGCGGGUGCCAUUUACGAUCUAACGCAUACUUAUGAUCUGCCCUUCUAUAUGGCUGGCGCUCUAUUCGCAAUCUCCACCAUAACUAGCUUUAUGGCACCCUGUUUGAAACGCUGCAGCGGUUCGGAGGAGACGCCCGUGCAUAUGGAGACGCUGACGCCCAUCGACGAGGAGCAGGGUGAGGAUAUUGAAGAUGAUGAGGAUCAGCCCAUUACCAUUGUGCCCAAGAUUAUCAAAACACUGGCCAGUCCUCAAAUGGAGGAGCCGCAGCCGUUGUUUGCCUCACAAAAGGCUGCGGAGGCGGCCAAGUCGGCGGAAGGUGGCGGCGGCAGAGGCGGUGGCGAUGAAAAACAAACGGAAUCGAAGCUCUAAGCAGAAUUUACAAAGUAUUUCGGGUCACGGGGGGAAGAUCAAUGUCUGAGGGGCUUUGUUGAGGGGUGAGUUCAGAACUCAUCAUUUGUUGAAACAAAAAUAAAAACCAAAAUCGAAAAACAAAAAAAAAUUAAAGCGAAGUCACAAAAAUUGAAGAGCGAUAUUUUUUUAUGAAACUUAUACAAAAAGACGGGGUCAGAAACGAAUCGAAGUUGGGUCGUCGCUCAAGAGAACUUGGUCAAGCACACACAAAUGAAUACUAUAUACAAGCUUAUAUAUAUAUAUAUAUAUUAUACACAUAUAUACUGUACCUACUAUACUAUAUAUUAUAUAUAUUUGCUUUUUUAGCCAACACAAGCAAAUUGCGACACUCUAGCUUAAAAAUUUUAAAAGGCGGCAGAGUGAAGAACCUACGUUAAGAUUAUAGUGUGGAGAAUACUACAAUUAUAAUGCUAAUAAAACUGAUUGUUAGUUUCGAGACAACCUCCACAACAAAAACAACUAGAACAGCAGCAACAACAACAAUAUUUCAAAGUGCAUAUUGUAUAAUAAUUUUCAUUUGUAUUUCAUUGUUAAAUUUUAUUUCUAUAAUUUUUAUUAGUUUUACGCGUGCUAUAUAUAUGUAUUUUAUGUAUGUAUGUAAUUAAUAAAUGUAGAAUUGUUGUUGUUCUGUUGCAGGUGUUACAGAAGCAUAAUUGUGUCAUACGGCAAGAAGGAAGUGUGAGAAAGUAAUACACGAAGUUGUAGCAGUGUUAGGAAAUGAUUUAAAGAGUCUUAGAAAUGUAAAACGCCCAAAAUUGUUUAGUAGUUAGUUAUGUACGUAUGUAAAAUAUAUUAAUAAAAAAAAACAAACUCAAAUGGAAACAGAAAGUUAGUGGCAUGUGAAACUUAAACAUUUUAUAGAGUAGGAUGAUGUAUGAAUAAACAAUGAAUAAUGCAUACAACAACUAUUACAAAAUUAUACUAAUAAAGUUUUAUAUUAAAAAAAAAGAAAGAAAGAAAAACUAAAGAAAAAAUCAACAAGAAA